AUGGAGUUAACUUCUACUUCCAAUGGUUCCGAAUCUCAAACUUCUAGCCGUACACCUGGCCAUACUUCAACAAAGCGCAUUGUAUAUGAGUGUGCUUUAGUUAUUGCUUUGGCGAUCAAUGUAGUGCUUUGUGGCCUCUUAGCUUUGUUUAUACCGAUGGUAGCUUUACAUACAAAUGGAAUCAUAUUUGCUGGCCAUUGCUUCUGGAUCGGAAUACCGAAUGCUAGGCUCGUCUAUUUACGACUGCAUCCCGCAGGGAUUAAUCGAAGAAAUAAAAUACUUGCAGCCUUGUAUUAUUACGCGAUUGUUGCUGCAUCCUUAGGGAUAGCCACCUAUUCCAAGGAUUGUUAUGAGCCAUGUGUGGCUAAGGCACAUGUAACGUUUACUAUUAUCAGCUUAAUUACAUUAAUUGGAGGAUUUGUUAUCUUGGCCAUCAAUUUUGUGAAUCUUGGCUUACCUUCAUCCCAUCCUUCUAAUCAAUAUGACAACAAUCAACCUCCAUCAACCAGCAGCGUUGCAAUUAAUGCAGUGGUAGCAAUAUUCUAUGUGUUCUUCUUCUGCGUUUUUAUCCAUUGUAUAGUGGUAUACUGUCGUAUUCCAAAUACAUUAAUAGGACGUGAUAACACUUCCCUACCAGUGCAGCUCACGCAGGAAGGAGUGAUCUUUGGAACUGAUCAAGAAUAUAAUUUUUAUCAUCCAGAUGUUGACGAUGUCAAAGUUUAA